AUACGUUUCUGAUAUACAAGUUGCACGUCACAUGCUUUUAUCUUUUCAACGAAUACUUUUUAAACAAAGUGCUAAAUGUACGUUUAAAAAUAUAUUGUUUCCAAAGAUAAUGCCAAAAAGAAUUGUACACAAUUUGCCGGAGAAAAAUUUGACAUCUAAUUUAAGCUCAAUGGAAAUGUCAAACGAUCAAGAAGUUUCGGGUAAUAUUAACCUUCACAAAAGCACACUUUCCAUGGAAAAUAUGGAAGAUAAUAAUGAAAAGAUUAAUGUUAAAGUCGAAUACUUGGACACACCAGUUAAAUCAGAAAACGAUAAAAAAGAGUACAGAGUCAUCAAGUUGGAGAACGGGCUCACCGCUUUGUUAAUUGCAGAUUUACAUUCCGCUAAACAUCAAUUACGCGAUACUGAUGGUUCUAUAAUUGGAGUUGUGAACGAUGAUGCUGAUGAUGAAGAGAGCGAUGGAGAUGACAUAGACGAGGACGAUGAGGACGAUGAUGAUGAUGAUGAUGAUGAUGAUGAUGGUGAUGGUGGUGAGGGUGAUGAUGAGGAUGAUGAUGUUGAAGAUGAUGAUUUGGAAGAAGAUAAAGAUGAAAAUGACGAAGGGAAAUGUCAUUGUGAACCGGAGACUGAUGAUGCUCAUUUAUUAGGAGGUAAACGCCUUAAAAGAGAAGAAAAAAUGGCAGCAUGCGGUUUGUGCGUGGGUGUUGGAAGCUUUAGUGAUCCAGAAGAAAUUCCAGGAAUGGCUCACUUUUUAGAACAUAUGGUAUUCAUGGGUUCGCAGAAAUAUCCUGAGGAAAAUGAUUUUGAUUCAUAUAUUACAAAAAGAGGCGGUUCUGAUAAUGCUGCUACGGAAUGCGAGCAAACAACGUUUUAUUUCGAAGUACAAGAGAAAUAUUUAUUAUCGUCUCUUGAUCGUUUUGCACAAUUUUUUAUAAAACCAUUGAUGAAAAAAGGAGCGAUUACCAGAGAAAGAGAAGCCGUUGAAAGUGAAUUUCAAAUGGCUUUGCCUUCCGAUAUUUAUAGAAAGGAACAAUUAUUUUGUAGUCUAGCCAAACCGAAGCAUCCUGCGAGAAAAUUUAUGUGGGGAAAUUUAAUAACUUUACGUGAUAACGUAACAGAUGAUAAACUUUACGAAGAACUGCAUAAAUUUAGGGAACGCCAUUAUAGUGCUCACAGAAUGAAAGUUGCUAUACAAGCUAAAUUACCAUUAGAUACCUUAGAAGAAUAUGCAAUUCAAUGUUUUUCCGAAGUUCCAAGUAAUGAUUUACCUCCGACUGACUUUAGCGAGUUUAAAGGGGCAGAUUCGUUUGAUACCCCUAACUUUAGAAAAAUCUAUAAAGUAAAGCCUGUCAAAGAUGUUUGUCAAAUAGAAUUAACAUGGGCAAUGCCACCUUUACAUGAAUAUUAUAAAAGCAAACCACAUCAUUAUAUCGCUUGGAUCAUUGGACACGAAGGAAUGGGCUCAUUGAUAAGUUAUUUGCGAAAGAAAAUGUGGUGUUUGGAUAUUUUUAGUGGAAACUCAGAAAGUGGUUUUGAACAUUCCUCUAUCUAUGCAUUGUUUAGUUUAUCAUUGAUUCUUACAGAAGAAGGUCACAAGCAUUUAGAGGACGUAUUAAAUUGCAUAUUCUCUUAUAUUAAUUUAAUGAAAAAGGAAGGCCCACAAAAACGAAUUUAUGAUGAAAUAUCUCAGAUCGAGGAAACUAAUUUUAGAUUCUCGGAUGAAGUCGCACCCGCAGAUUAUGUGGAAGAAAUGUGCGAGAAUAUGCACUUCUUUCCUCCAAAAGAUUACAUUACCGGUAGCGAACUUUACUUUGAGUAUAAUCCUGAGGCAAUACAAAUGUGCAUGAAUUAUUUAUCCCCCGAUAAUGUAAAUAUUAUUAUAUUUGAUAAAAAAUUUAAUGAACGAGAAUUCGAUAAAGUGGAACCAUGGUUUAAAACUAAAUAUACCGACAUGGAUAUACCCACCGAAUGGACAGAAACUUGGAAAACAAUAGCUCCUUUGCCAGAAUUUCACUUGCCAUUACCAAAUAUCUUUCUUACUAAUGACUUUAGUUUGAUACCUAUACCUUCGGAAAUUCCUAAAUAUCCUGUUAAAAUACAUUAUGAUGAUAUAUGCGAAAUUUGGUAUAGGCAAGAUUCUAAGUUUGGUUUACCCGAAUGUUACAUGUACUUUUAUAUUAUAUCACCAUUAACAACGUCAGCCAAAAACGUUGCUAUGAUGGACUUAUUUAUAGAAAUAUUAAAACAAUUAUUAGUCGAAGAAUUAUAUCCGGCUACAGCGGCUGAAUUCAAACAUCAAAUGUAUACAGGUCAGAAGGGCAUUGUUGUUAAAGUUAGUGGAUUUAACGAAAAACUACCACUGUUAUUAAAUAUUUGUGUAAAAUAUAUAGCAAAUUGUCCAAAUCUUUUGACAAAAGAUCUAUUUGAUGUUAUGAAGCAAGAACAACUGAAAGCUUAUUAUAAUUCAUUUUUAAAACCAGGAAAAUUGGCUAAAGAUUUAAGAUUAUCCAUGUUAAUGCUCGACCAUUGGCCUGCCAUUGAUAGACAUACGGCUAUUUCUACUACUACGUUUAAUGAAUUUAAAGAUUUUAUCGAAGAAUUUACUAAACAUACGUAUAUACAAUGUCUCGUACAGGGCAAUAUGACUAAAGAAAAUGUCAUUAAAAAUGUACAGAACUGUAUCGAUAUUUUAAAGUGCGGUCCGCUGUUAACAAAUACUAUGCCUCAAUUGAGAAUUACUAAAUUGCCUGUUGGAAUACAAUAUUGUAAAGUAACAAAUUUUAAUAAGACUGAUGUUAAUUCAGUAAUAACUAAUUAUUAUCAAUCGGGUGAAUUGUCCGUCAAAUUAACUGUUAUUAUAGAACUGCUUCUUAUGAUCAUGGAGGAACCAUUAUUUAAUCAACUUAGAACGCAAGAACAACUUGGAUACGAUGUUUCGUGUCUUAUGAGAAAUACUUAUGGCGUACUUGGUUAUUCUAUCAUAGUUAAUACUCAAGCUGAUAGAUUCACGACAGAACACGUGGAUAGUAGAAUCGAAAAAUUUUUAAAAUCAUUUAACAAGUCAUUGAAAGAAACUUCGGAGAAAGAUUUGGAGAGUAUUAAAGAAGCGUUAACAAAAAUAAAACAAUGCGCUGAUAUUCAUUUAAAAGAAGAAGUCGAUAGAAACUGGCAUGAAAUCACUAAUUGUGAUUACGUAUUCGACAGAUUGGAAAAAGAAAUCAUUGCUAUAGAUAGUAUUACCAUAAAAGAAUUACAAGAUUGGAUGGCUUCUCAUACUAUUAACGGAGACAACCUCAGGAAAUUAAGUGUCCAUGUAAUAGGAAGUACGGAACAAACUUCCUGUUUUAAAGUUUCAAGUUCCGAAGAAUUAAACUCUAAUAAGGAAGAUAAUUCUACAUCAGAGAACGACAAUAUAGUUUCAUACAAGUUGAAAUAUUUAAAUAAUAAUGCAUCUAAAAAGAAUAAUUCCGACGUAUAUAUUUCAGAUAUUGAAAGUUUCCGAAAUGAAUUACCAAUAUUUGCUAUGAAAGAUACCUUGGUAUUAAAAAACAAAUCGUUUACUUAACAUCACAUUCAGUAAUGUAAUAAAUAUGUAGAUUUCUAAAUAUUAAAAGAUGAAAUCUCUUGAUA